CGGGGGAUUGUUGUCGUCUUCCAUCAUCAGCAUUUUCUUAUUUCCGCUGUUCCUUUUUACAGUCGCUCCUCAUCGGCGAGCCUUCGUCACCUGAGGCCUUCGUGCGACGACGAUUGUGCUCGAGGAUUGCCACUUAUGCCAUAGCUCGCAGUCUUUCGUUCCAUUGAAACUGGAGUUGAUGGACCUGACUUGGCCUGGAAUCGCGGGAGAGAAUGCUUCGGAGCAGUGUCCACUAGAAACAAGGCAAGGAGCGUAUGAUUCCAUUGAAGAUUCGCUGAUGAAUGAGAGUAUACGGCGAGAAUUAGAUUCUUGUGGAUCGACGUUUGUUUGAACAACUUGUCGACCACAGGAUUGGUUCUUAGAAAACAUGAAUGAAACAAAGUUUGAGUUCAAGUUUGAAAGUGUUGGAAUAGUUACGCUCCGCGUAUUGACAAUAUUAGCUGCCUAAAAUAUUCUUUUAAUGAGGUGUUUUGCAAAGGGAACGCGAUUUCUGUAGUGCGGAGGUGUUUGCUGGUGAUUUUAGAAUCAGGUUCUAAAAAACUCAAAAUAAUCACAGGAUGGCGGAAGUGGCGACAUUCAGCGUGAAAGUGGAGGAAGGUGUGCAAGGCAGAGAGGGAUCUCCAUCAAAGGGGCCUGUCUACAGAAGUAUUUAUGGGAAAAAUGGUUUUCCUCCUCUACCAGAAGGAUUAUCUACCACAUGGGACAUUUUCGCACGAGCUGUUGAACGGGGCCCUGGAAACAACUUGCUUGGAGUUCGCGAGAUGAAGAAUGGAAAAGCUGGGAGGUACCAGUGGCAAACUUACCAGCAAGUCUACGAUGAUGUGAUACGCAUUGGUGCAGCUAUGCGUCAAGUGGGAGUGAAUCCUAGGGGAAGAUGCGGGAUAUAUGGAAUGAAUUGUCCACAAUGGUUCAUUGCUAUGGAGGCCUGUAAUGCGCACAGUAUAGUGUGUGUUCCUCUUUAUGAUACUUUGGGAUCGACAGCAGUGGAGUACAUCUCAAAUCAUGCAGAAAUAUCAAUUGCUUUUGCACAAGAGGGCAAACUCUCCUUGAUGAUUCAAUCGCUCCCCAACUGCACGGGAUUUUUGAAAACCUUGGUAAGUUUCGAAAGCAUCAGUAAUGAUCAUAAAGCUCAAGCUCAGAAUGCUGGAGUCAACACCUAUACAUGGGAGGAAUUUUUGAACCUGGGGGCUAGUCAUCCGGUCAGCUUAACACCUCCAACGAAAGAGGACCUGUCGACAAUCAUGUAUACUAGUGGGACCACAGGGGAGCCCAAAGGAGUAAUGUUGACUCAUGAAAAUGUUCUGGUCACUAUUGCGGGUCUUGACCACAUGUUGAAAUCUCUCAACGAAGUGAUGGAUCAUAAUGAUGUUUACUUCUCGUUCCUGCCGUUGGCCCACAUCUUUGACAGAGUGACCGAGGAGAUGUUCGUAUUUGUAGGGGGUUCAAUCGGAUUCUGGCAAGGGGACAUCAAGAAGGUACCUGAAGAUAUUGCAGAAUUGAGACCCACAUUGUUUGUUGGUGUGCCUCGCGUCUUCGACAGACUCACCGCAGCAAUUCAAGGCAGAAUAGCUGCAGCAAGUCGAACAAAGAGUUUGCUCUUCAAUCUUGCAUACUCCAACAAGUUAUGGUGGAUGAAGAAUGGCUACAAGCAAGACAAGGCAUCACCACUGUUUGAUAAGCUGGUCUUUAAUAAGGUGAGAAUGGGUCUUGGUGGACGUGUUAGGCUUGUUAUUUCAGGAGCCGCACCUCUGGCUGGGCAUGUAGAGGAAUUUUUACGGGUUAUCAUGUGUGCCCCUGUUUUGCAAGGGUAUGGAUUGACGGAGACCUGUGCUGCAAGUUUCAUUCAAAUGCCGGACGUCAUUUCCAUGAGCGGAACUGUAGGCCCUUCACUAUGCAAUAUUGAGACUCGGUUGGAAUCUGUUCCGGAGUUGGGUUAUGAUGCCUUGGAUAAAAAAAGGCCGCGAGGAGAGAUAUGCAUUCGUGGAAAAACGGUAUUUUCGGGAUAUUACAAACGCCCGGAACUCACGGAGGAGGUUCUUGUUGAUGGUUGGUUUCACACAGGUGAUAUUGGAGAGUGGCAGGCAGAUGGUAGCAUGAAGAUUAUUGACCGUAAGAAGAAUAUUUUCAAGCUUUCUCAGGGAGAAUAUAUUGCAGUCGAAAAGCUGGAAAAUGUGUACAAUCAGUCUGCUGCUGUGGAUGCGAUUUGGGUGUACGGUAAUAGCUUCGAAUCAUCAAUGGUGGCUGUGGCGGUCCCCAACGAACAGGUGUUGUUGGACUGGGCCAAAUCCAAUGGAAAGAAGGAAGAAUUUGCUGCGCUGUGCAAGAUCCCUGAAGCUCAAAAAUUCAUAUUGUCAGAGCUGAGUAGUACGGGCAAGAAAAGCGGAGUAAGAGGAUUUGAGUUCAUCAAAGGAGUGCUGUUAGAUCCUCAACCAUUUGAUAUGGAGCGCGACCUGAUCACUCCAACUUACAAGCUCAAACGACCGCAACUAUUAAAACACUACCAGAAGGAUAUCGACGCCUUGUAUACCACGAUCAGAUCGAAUUCCUGAAGAUUAUACUAUUAAGGUCAGGUACAGGUCGUUGUGGUUUGCAGGCAUACUAGGAGCCCAAAUCAUCCAUUUAUUUCCAUUCAUGGCUUACCUCAUGUAUACUUCGAAGAUGGUGCAGCUGUGCAGGCAGAACUCUUGUCAGACAAUUGUGGGCGGCAGUGGGGUGAUAUUAAAAGAAGAAAGGAGCAAGAGGAAAUCCAAGUGGCAACGUAUCAUUUGCUGUCCUGUUCUCUGUGAACGAUCCUCUGCCUCUUCCUCUAUGCUUGACGCCCAUUAGUAUUUGCAAUCAUAACUAUGAGGACGAUGAUAAAAUUUGUAGUGGAUUAAAUGAACAUUGGAAGAAUUUUAGUGGCUGUAUUGCGAUUCUUCAAUGUUGUCCUUCAGUGGCCGAAUAUCUAGCACGCUACACUUUUUACUAAAAGCUAUAUAACUUAAUUCAGCAAAGGGUUCACCCCUUUAUGUUUCAAUAUAUAUAUAUAUAUACUUUUUAUUUUUAUUUUUAACUGCA